AUGGUCCUGGGGCUCUUCUCCAUCUUCUGCAGCUUCUGCAAGAGAUGCCACUGUGCCUCCUGGAUGCUUCUGAUCAGCUUCCUGUUAGACACGGCCGUUGGGGCGAUAACCAGACACCUCAGCCUCUGCUGCAAGUCAGGAGUCGAGCUGAAUGACUUCGCUGUCUUCACCACCUUCGGCCUGGCCUCAGCCCUGCUCCUGGGUGUGGACGGGCCCCUGAACGGGUUCCUGGCCAUCAUCUAUGUGUUAGCUGCUACUUUCCGCCUGUGCUUUUACUCAACUGGUGCUCAGCUCACCUAUAAGGGCCUCCCCUGCCGCUAUGCUUCCUGUCUCCUGGCCUCCACCUCCCUUCUGACCAAAGGCAACACGUUCAUUCUCUCUUGCAUGGCCUCCCUUAUGAUUCUCUUCAUGAUGGACCAGAGCUACUACCCGCAUGAUGAAAUCCUGGAGUCUGAGAACUGGAAAAAAUUGGUUUAUCUGGGAGGUAUCUUCAUGCUGCUUUUGUCCCCGUUCUCCCUAACUGCUUUUUACUGCUUGCUGUGGUCACUGUCCUACAUCUUCUUUCCAGAUGCUCUGUGGGGGAAAGCAGCAUGUCUCAGGCUACAGUGCCCAAGAAGCUAA